AAUUUAGUCUAUGAUUUAAAAAGUAAGUCAUGUAUUAAAAGAGUAGGGUGUAAAAGCAAGUCGGCAUUGGGGUUUUUCAAGCCUAAUGGCUGACCAGGAAAAUUCGCCAAUGUACGUUGCCACCCGCUAACCCAUCCAACCGUACGCUUCUCUCUCUCUCAAUUUCCUCCCACCGUCUUCUUCUUUUUCUCCAUUUCCCUUUAUGACCUUCUCCUCUGUUUCUUCUCUUCUCCAAUGGCCGCAUCGAAACCCCCAAAUCUUCUUCUCCCAUUUCUUCUCUCUUUCCCCCUUCUUUUCUACUCCACAUCUGCCAUCGAUUUCGUCUUCAACGGCUUCAAUUCAACCGAUGUCUCCCUCUACGGCAACGCCUCCAUCGAAUCUCGAAUUCUCACUCUCACCAACCAAACAAGUUUCUCAGUCGGUCGCGCUCUGUACCCAUCCAAAAUCCCCACCAAGGACCCCAAUUCUUCUCGCGUUUACCCCUUCUCCACUUCCUUCAUCUUCGCCAUGGCUCCCUACAAGGACAUUCUGCCCGGUCAUGGCCUCGUUUUCAUCUUCGUCCCGGCGGCGGGAACCGAAGGAACUAGCUCUGCCCAGAAUCUGGGUUUUCUCAACUUUACGCUCAAUGGGAACCCCAACAACCACGUCUUUGGAAUUGAGUUCGAUGUGUUUGCCAAUCAAGAAUUCAACGACCCCAACGACAAUCAUGUGGGAAUCGACUUUAAUUCCCUGACCUCGAACUCCACCGAAGAGGCUGGGUUUUGGUCGGACGGCGAUCGGAGUGGACAGGAUUCGUUCAAUAGACUGAAGCUUAAUAGUGGCGAAAAUUACCAAGUUUGGAUCGACUACUCCGAUUUUCUGAUGAACGUCACCAUGGCACCGGCAGGGAUGAAAAGGCCGCGACGGCCGUUGUUUAAUGUCUCUGUCAAUCUCUCUGAAAUUUUCAUCGACAAAAUGUUUGUGGGGUUCACGAGCGCCACCGGGCAGUUGGUACAGAGCCACAAGAUUUUAGCCUGGAGUUUCAGUGACACCAAUUUUUCGUUAAGCGAGAGUUUGAUCACCACUGAUUUGCCCUCCUUCGUCCUCCCAAAAGAUCCAAUCACCAAAUCGAAAUGGUUCAUCGCCGGAGCGACAGUCAGCAGUUUCCUCAUCUUUUGUUUUCUCGCAGCGAUUUCGUCGAUUUUGAUCGCCGGGCACCGUAGGAGAGCCAGAGCCAGAGCGGAAAUGGAGGAUUGGGAAUUGGAGUAUUGGCCGCACCGAAUCACAUAUCAAGAAAUCGAGUCGGCGACAAAAGGGUUUGCAGAAGAAAACGUAAUCGGAAUCGGAGGGAGCGGGAAAGUGUACAAGGGGGUUUUGGCCGGAGCCGGAGGAGGUUCAGAAGUCGCAGUGAAGCGAAUUUCCCACGAAAACGGCGGGAUCCGAGAGUUCUUAGCCGAAAUCUCGAGCAUAGGAAGAUUAAAACACAGAAAUCUAGUGAGUUUAAGGGGUUGGUGCAAGAAAGAAAAAGGGAAUUUCUUACUAGUGUACGAUUACAUGGAAAAUGGAAGUUUAGACAAAUGGGUAUUCGAUUGCGAGGAGAGAAACAUGUUAAAUUGCGAGGAUCGAAUACGAAUAUUGAAAAACGUAGCCUCCGGGGUUCUGUAUCUACACGAAGGCUGGGAAUCGAAGGUCCUCCACAGGGACAUCAAAGCGAGCAACGUGUUACUGGACAAGGAGAUGAACGGAAGGCUGGGAGAUUUCGGGUUGGCCCGAGUCCACGCCCACGGCCAAGUGGCCAGCACCACACGAGUGGUGGGCACCAUGGGGUACAUAGCGCCGGAGCUGAUCCGCAGCGGCCGAGCAUCGGCUCAGUCGGACGUGUUCGGUUUUGGGGUUAUGAUUUUGGAAGUGAUGUGCGGGCGGAGGCCGAUAGAGGAGGGGAAGACGCCGCUGGUGGAAUGGGCGCGGCGGCUGGCGGUUGAAGGGGAACUGAGGGCAGCGGUGGACGAGAGGGUGAGGAAGAAGGGGGGGUGGAGCGAGGAGGAAGUGGAGAGAGUGCUGCAUUUGGGGCUGUUGUGUGCGCACCCUGACCCGGCGGCGCGCCCCACGAUGAGGCAAAUUGUGAAAGUUUUGGAAGGAAAUUUGGAAGUGGACCAGAAUGAAAGCGAGAGCGUGAAUGCUUAUUUGCUUCAGAGAUUGAAGUCACAAGAAAUGUGGUCCGAUUCUUCCGUUGGUUUUGGGCAUAAAUUGCAUCCUACUUUUGAGGAUUUUCUGCAGUCUUCUUCAACUUCCCUCUCUUGGUCUACUUCUAUUGUUACCGGCAGGUGAAGGAUUGAAGUCCCUUUUUUCUUUUUAUUGGUUACAUCAAUUAUAGAUUGUCUGAGACUCGAGAGUCAUUGUUAUUUCUCUACUGGACAUAAAAGAAGUAGGGCUUCUGAAGAGUGUUUUGUUUUGGCUAUAUGGCCGUUUGUUUGAUAGAAUAAUUUUCUAAAAAACGGCUCAUGGAGUUUUUUUUUUUU